GCACAAGUGUAGAGGCAGUGGCACAACAUCUUUAAGAAGAAAGAGAGAGAGAUAAGUCAUUUAUUCAUUUUCUCGCCAAAAAUUUUGAGAACUCAGACAGAAUUUUUCUUUUUCUUCUUUCUUUCUUUUGGGUUUGAGAAAAAUGGGUGAAAGAGAUGAUGGAUUGGGGCUAAGUUUGAGCUUGAGUUUAGGUUUUAAUCAAAAGGACCCGUCGUCGAGAUUGAAUCCAAUGCCUCUGGCUUCUUAUUCAUCUUCAUCACACAUGCAUAUGCAGCAGAGCAAUUAUAGCCAUCCUCAAAAGAUUCAGAACACUUGGAUUAACAUGUUUCAAUCUUCAGAGAGAAACACGGACAUGAGAUCGUUUCUCCGGGGAAUAGACGUGAACAGAGCUCCAUCGACGGUGGUUGUUGAUGUGGAGGAUGACGGCGCUGGAGUCUCGUCUCCGAACAGCACCGUAUCAAGCGUGAUGAGCGGGAAGAGGAGCGAGCGGGAGCUAAUGGCUGCGGCAGCUGCAGCCGGAGGAGGAGGUAGAGUAGAAGAUAACGAGAUGGAGAGAGCUUCUUGCUCGCUCGGCGGUGGUAGCGACGAUGAAGACGGUAGCGGGAACGGAGACGACGGUUCGAGGAAGAAACUGCGUUUGUCUAAAGAACAAGCUUUGGUUCUCGAAGAAACUUUUAAAGAACAUAGCACACUCAAUCCGAAGCAAAAGAUGGCGUUGGCUAAGCAAUUGAAUCUGAGGACGAGGCAAGUGGAAGUGUGGUUCCAAAACCGAAGGGCAAGGACGAAGCUGAAGCAAACGGAAAUAGACUGUGAAUAUCUUAAGAGAUGUUGUGAGAAUCUAACUGAUGAGAAUCGGAGAUUGCAAAAGGAAGUGAGUGAGCUUAGGGCUUUGAAGCUUUCUCCACACUUAUACAUGCACAUGAAACCUCCCACUACUCUCACUAUGUGCCCUUCUUGCGAGCGAGUCGCUGUUACAUCAUCUUCGUCAUCUGUGGCUCCUCCUGUGAUGACUUCAUCGUCUCCGAUGGGACCGAUGAGUCCGUGGGCUGCCAUUCCUCUCCGGCAACGACCUGCUGCUGGUUCUCAUUAGAGUUUAAUUAAUCUAAAGAUAAUUA